GAAAGAAGCUGAAUAUAUGGAAAAAUAAUGAUAAAAGCUUUCAUUGAAAGGGCUAUUGCAAGACAUGAAGUCCGAGAAAUAGAACAGCGACAUACAGUAGAUGGCCCCCGACAAGAUGUGACACUGGAUGAAGAAGAUGAUGUGGUGAUUAUUUACAACAGAGUACCUAAGACUGCCAGCACAUCCUUCACAAAUAUUGCUUAUGAUCUUUGUGCAAAGAACAAAUACCAUGUUCUACAUAUCAAUACAACCAAAAAUAAUCCUGUCAUGUCUCUGCAAGAUCAGGUCCGAUUUGUGAAGAAUGUGACUUCCUGGAAGGAAAUGAAACCAGGAUUUUACCAUGGACAUAUAUCUUAUUUGGACUUUGCAAAAUUUGGUGUUAAAAAGAAACCAAUUUACAUAAAUGUCAUAAGAGAUCCUAUAGAACGACUAGUUUCUUACUAUUACUUUCUGCGCUUUGGAGAUGAUUACAGACCAGGGCUACGGAGGCGAAAACAGGGGGAUAAAAAGACCUUUGAUGAAUGUGUGGCAGCUGGAGGUUCAGACUGUGCUCCAGAGAAACUUUGGCUUCAAAUUCCAUUCUUCUGUGGCCACAGCUCUGAAUGCUGGAAUGUGGGAAGCAGAUGGGCUUUGGAACAAGCCAAAUACAAUCUGAUUAAUGAAUACUUCCUAGUGGGAGUUACUGAAGAGCUUGAAGACUUUAUCAUGUUAUUGGAGGCAGCUUUGCCCCGGUUCUUCAGGGGUGCCACAGAAUUGUACCGGACAGGAAAGAAGUCUCAUCUUAGAAAAACGACUGAGAAAAAACUUCCCACGAAAGAAACUAUUGCCAAGCUUCAACAGUCUGAAAUCUGGAAAAUGGAGAAUGAGUUCUAUGAAUUUGCACUGGAGCAAUUUCAAUUUGUCAGAGCACAUGCAGUUCGGGAAAAAGAUGGAGAAUUGUAUAUUCUGGCUCAGAACUUUUUCUAUGAAAAGAUUUACCCUAAAUCAAACUAAGAACACUAUACUGUUAGAUUUAUGGACCUAAAUCUUUGGUCACAUUCUCAUUUUAGUCCUCAGCCGUGGAAACUAGAUUGCUUGUAGACCUUGAAGACAUUUCUUUAUAGAUCUGAAAAAAAGUGGGCUGUGGAUCACCUCCAGGGCAUUGGAUACUGGCUAACUAUGUUGGUAACCUAGAAGCAAAGGCUUCAUUUCUUUUAUCUAAGUAAUACUUUCAGUGGGAGUUAAUAUCCUUUACCCGAAGAAAUCUACACUUUAAUUCGGAGCAAUUAAUACACAGCAGUUCUAGUUGAAAAUAUAAACAAACAAAAAAUGCUUCUGUUGAUGCUCUUUUUAAUUUUCAGAGCAAUUUAUUUUCAUUUAUACUUCUGUGAAGAGGAAAUCAUUUUUCCCAGCUUUCAACAUGGAAAUUUUGGUUGUAAACAAUAUGAGUAGUGUUAAUAACUGGUUGACAUCUGUGCUUUGUUUUUGUGAAUCAUGUCACAUGAUCUUAAUUGGGAUGGUUAAUCAUGUUCUGCUGAGAAAUACUGCUGCUGCUGGAAUUGCCCAUAUUUAUAUAUGUGGUUUUAUUAAAAAAUUACAACUGAUCAUUAGUGUUAAAACAUCAUUUCCACGUUAAUAUUGUAAAAAGUUAAAGAAUCAGAGCAGUGGGGUUUUUUUGUUUGUUUUUUUAUCCCCCCCACCACUGACUAAUGUUGGGAAUACUGCAGAGGAAGUUGGUAUUGUCCGCAAUUCUAGUUGAUUCUUACACAGUGGUACAAAAAUCGUAAAUUCAGUAUUAAGUUUCUCCAUGGAUUCUUUGUAAUAAUUGUAAGCUGAGGUAUUGGUGAAUCCAUAUUAUGACUCCAUUAGUGAGCUGUGGUAUGGUUAGGGUUUUCCUACUACUUCGAUACUUUUAUCUGUAGAAUAUUUUUACUAAGGUGCUUUAUAACGUGUUUUAAAGCAUUGCAUUUACAAAAGGAGUAAAAUGCUGUAAAUACUGCUUAUUUUAUGUAUUUGGACCAAAAGGUUUAAAGUAACUAGUUUAAAGUGGGGUUUUUGCACCAAUUCUGUUAUGUGUGAAGUGAAAAACAUCACAUCUACUUCCUGGUUGAGUUAACUGUUGGACAUUGCUGAAAUGCACUUCAGUGACCUCUCUGACUUCAAUAACAGAAUGUUGUCCAGGGAUUCUCUUUACAGAAAUGUAGUCUUCAUCCUUUUAUUAUGGUAAGAGGACAAGAAGAAAAACGUCAUGUGUAGUCUGGUUGAGAAAGAUGCAGUGAAUUUGAUUGACAUAAUUGUAUUUAUGUAACUGCCUUAUGUGAGUAUUGUAAAUUUGUGAGUUGCUAUUAUUAACAAUGUGAAACACCUGGUAGAUGAAGUAAAUUGAAAUUUGAGAACAGAUGUUUGGGGCCACUGCAUUAUAGCAAAUGGCAGUGGCGAACUACAAGAAUUUGUUUCCUAUUGAAUUUUCUAAAGAUCUGAGUAUUUACACAUCUUACACCUGCCUUUUCUUAAAGUGCUUUUCACAGGGUUUGAUGGGGGAACGCACUGAGGAGAUAGAGUAAGGAAUGGUGGUAAAGGUUUAAAUUCCUAAGGGAUAAUGCUGAAGGUUUAGUUUAAGAUUACCAAGUGGAGUUUCUUUAACCAGCUGCUUCUUAUAAUGAAAACAAAGGAAAUGGAAAAUGGUCUGUGAACUGGAUAUCUGCAGCCAAAAGCAACAGCCCAGUUACAAAGAGGAUAAUGAGAGACUAUCAAGUACAUCUUUCAUUUUCUUUGUUUUCUUGGAUUUUUCCCUGUGAAUUUUAAAAAUAGGUCUCUCUUUGCUCUUCCCAAAUAAUCAGGGAAGUUCCUUCUGAUAGCUUACCAUUUAUAUAACAUGAACCAUGCAUAAGUUUUCCUGUUCUAGUUCUUGUCCACUGACAUCAUUAAUAAUGCCAACACGGGAUGUGUUAGUUCACCCACGAAGACAUGUUUCCUAGCUAAAGAAAGGAAAUGAGAAGUCAUACACAAGAAGUAGCUAAUGGAGAUAUAAAAAAAUUCCAUAACAAAGCAGUAGCUUUCCUGAAAUAAAAUGGAUAUUUAUAAUCCAGGAAAGAUUAUCCUCUCAGUGAUAGUUUUAUGUUAGAUUUUAUUUUGACUAUGUUGUUCUCCUUCAGAAUAAUUUGGAUCAGUUUACUUUCUUGAGUCUCCUUCAGAAGAGCACCUCUAAGAGAGCAGAAGAAUCUACUGAGUGAAAACAUAAAAUAUUCAUCUAAGUAAUGAAAUAGGUAUGUAGACAAAUGCUUCUGUCUUGACAAGAAAACAAUAGGCAAAACUUCUAUUGAUUUCAGUAGGGUCUACAGAAACCUCCUCUAUUCUGUAAGCAAUUUUAAAAGUUGUGUUUCUGUAAGCAAUUUUAAAAGUUUUGUUUCUUUUUUUUCCUUCCAGGAUUUAGAAUUUCUUAAUUAUGAGUCUUCAGUAACAAAAAUCAUAGAACAAUGCAAUUUUUGUUUCACUUUUAAAAAAGCAAUAUAUUUUUCAUAGCUCAUAUAAGAAAACAGAUUUUAUUUAAUCAGAUAUCACUUCCUGUUAUGUGCUGUAAACUGACAGGGCUGAGACCAAGCAGAAUUUUAGGAAUAUUUUUUAAAAAUGCUAGCUACAGUUAGAGAGGUAUUAAUUCCAUAUAUACUCUGAAAAUGUUGUCUGUGGAACACAGAAGGAAUCAAGACUGUCUACUUUUAUAUCUAGUGCAACUGUUAAGUCAACUGUGAACUUUUUAGAAUCCUUUGAAUGCAGAACUAUCAAACUUGGAUUUCCUAAAAGACAGUUUAGGAAAAGGAGCUUUACAGAUUUUUAAUAACCUGCUCUAUGCAUACUCUAUUUGAAAAUGGAAACAAUCCAAGCUGUUGGUAUUAAAAAUAUUUUACAGUAUAUAAACAGAAUUUAUCUUGUGUAUUUUCCCUUAAUGACUUACAGUAAAAAGCAGCAAUACAUGGAUUUUUGUUGUUGCAGAUUGUAUGAUCCGUAAACUUACUAUGCAGCCUCCUGAACACAGAUCUUUUAACUGAAGUUACUGUAGUCUCUGCACAGGAGUGAGAUUGACAUUUUGCAGUGCUAAGUUCACUUGAAAGGUGCUGAAAUGCAUAUAUAU